AUGGCACACAUCUUUGAUCUCGCCCCUCAGCUGUUCGCGAGCAGCUACAAGGACGGUGUCAAAGCCACAGAUCAGGUCAGAUACCCGGACACAGCCGUGUUCCAGGGCUUCAACAAGCCGUCACGCCUGGAGGGGGACGUGUACGACUUGGAAUUCACCGGCACCAUCCCGCGCGAGAUCGACGGGACCUUCUACCGCAUCCAGCCCGACCACCGCUUCCCGCCCAUCUUCGAGGACGACAUCCACUUCAACGGCGACGGGAGCGUCACCGCGAUCAGAAUCCAAAACGGACACGCCGACUUCAAGCAGCGCUAUGUCCACACGGACCGGUACGAAGCCGAGACGCGCGCGCGAAAGGCCCUGUUUGGAAGGUAUCGGAAUCCCUUUACGGACAAUGAGACGGUGAAAGGCGUAGUGCGGACGGCGGCCAACACCAACAUCACCUUCUGGCGAGGCGUCCUAUUAGCGAGCAAGGAAGACGGCCCACCGUAUAUCAUGGAUCCCGUCACUCUCGAAACGAUUGGCCGGUACGACUUCGAGGGGCAGAUCCUCACACCUACCUUUACGGCCCAUCCCAAGUUCGACCCGGAGACCGGAGAGAUGCUGUGCUUUGCAUACGAGGCUGGCGGCGACGGCCAUGACGGCUCUAAUGAUGUUGUCGUGUGGACGAUGGACAAGGACGGGAGAAAGACCGAGGAAUGCUGGUACAAGGCUCCCUUUUGUGGAAUGAUACAUGACUGCGGGAUCAGUAAGAAUUACAUGGUGCUGCCGUUGACGCCGAUCAAAUGGACGGGCAUGGACAGGCUGAAGCAAGGAGAAAACCAUUGGGCGUGGGAUCCAAACGAGGAUCAGUGGUAUGGUGUUGUUCCCAGACGGGGAGGGAAGCCGGAGGAUAUUGUUUGGUUCAGGGCUGACAAUGCGUUCCACGGGCACAUCGCAGGAUGCCAUGAGAACGAAGAAGGCAACAUCGUUUUCGAUCUCACAGUCGCAGACGGCAACGUGUUCUUCUUCUUCCCACCUGUCGAUGAGAAGGAGGGCCCCCUCUCCAAGCGCAACCAACUGCGAAGCCCGACCACUCGAUGGAUCUUUGAUCCUAAAGCCAAGUCAGGAACAAGAGUCGCGCCCGCCGAAACCUGGAUGACGAAUGGCGAAUUCUCCCGGAUUGACGACCGAUUCGUGACCAAGAAAUACAAUCACUUUUGGCAAGCGAAAGUCGACCCGACAAAGCCUUACGACUUUACAAAAUGCGGUCCACCGGCAGGUGGCCUGUUCAACUGCCUGGGCCAUUACAGCUGGAACGACAGAACUGAGGAUGUCUUCUUCGCCGGGCCGACAGCCACCUUCCAAGAACCAUCGUUCAUCCCCAAGGACGGGGGCACCGAGGGAGAGGGUUAUCUCAUUGCGUUGCUCAACCAACUCGAUGUCCUCCGCAACGACAUAGUUAUCAUGGAUGCACUCAACGUGGCCAAAGGACCCCUGGCGGUGAUCCAUCUGCCAUUCAAGCUGAAGUUGGGUUUGCAUGGCAAUUUCGUUGACCAUAGAGACAUCGAGGAGUGGCAGAAGAGAAGGUCUGAGUCGGGCGACCUUGGACCGGCUCAACCAGCGAAGGAGCCUUUACCCUGGCAGACACGCCAGAGGGAGCUUGGCCACAAUGGGCAUGAUGGGAUCAACGGUGAUGGGUCCAAUGGCGUAAACGGUAGCCAUUGA